UUCGCAGACAACCUGGAUAUUUCCAGCAAAGGGAGUGAAACGAGAGUAGGGGAGACGGACUUUGCUGGAGAUAUGAUGAGCUUCUCUAUUUCCCCCAAUCCCAAUCCCAAUCCACAUUCCUUACAUCUCACAUCUACAAAUUUUCAUCCUAAAUUUUGUUUCUCAAAUCGUCGCUCAAUCAUCACCUUCUCAUAUCCUAAUUCAGCCGGCGCCACCCCCGCAGAGUCCCUCAGGCGACUUCUUCGUGCUCCGGGAGCUCACCUCGGCCCAGCUUGUUUCGACGCAUUGAGCGCAAAGCUCGUACAUCGUGCUGGCUUCGAUUUCUGCUUCACUACUGGGUUUGGAAUAUCAGCUUCUCGGUUAGGAUUACCAGACACUGGUCUUAUGUCUUAUGGAGAGAUAGUGGACCAAGGACAACAAAUAACUGGGGCUGUGCCCAUCCCCGUGAUUGGUGAUGCAGACAAUGGAUAUGGUAAUCCUAUGAAUGUUAAAAGGACUGUAAGAGGGUACAUUCAAGCUGGUUUUGCUGGAUUAAUUCUUGAAGACCAGGUUUCUCCAAAAGCAUGUGGUCAUACACAAGGGCGCGAAGUUGUAGCCAGAGAGGAGGCAAUAAUGAGAAUAAAAGCAGCUGUUGAUGCUCGAAAGGAGAGUGGUUCUGACAUUGUCAUAGUGGCACGAACUGAUUCUCGUCAAGCUGUGUCUUUAGAAGAGUCUCUUUGGAGGGCACGUGCUCUUGGUAAUGUGGGAGCUGAUGUGUUGUUUAUUGACGCGCUUGCUUCAAAGGAAGAGAUGGUGGCCUUCUGUGAAGUGUGUCCCCAAGUCCCAAAGAUGGCCAAUAUGCUUGAAGGGGGUGGGAAGACACCUAUUCUCAGUCCUAAUGAGUUGGCUGAUAUAGGAUACAAACUUGUGGCAUAUCCUUUGUCUUUGAUGGGUGUUUCCAUCCGUGCAAUGCAGGAUGCUUUGUUGGCUAUCAAAGGAGGUCGGAUGCCCCCACCGGGAAGCAUGCCUUCUUUUGAAGAACUUAAGGAAAUCUUGGGCUUUAAUGCAUAUUAUGAAGAAGAGAUGCGGUACAGCACCAAGUCUAACAAACCUAACUCACAAAAGGGUUAUUCCUCUGCAAGCAACUCUUCUUACAGCAUACAACAGAGUACCCAAAUUAACCCAGAAAAAAAUAAUCAGAGUGCCCAAAAUCCCAAUGUGGAAGUAGUGAUCCCUGAGAUAUUCAGUUCAAAAGGUUCAUUCUCUGGCAUUUGGUCACGAAAACUGAGAAUCAAAAUAACUGGCCGAGAUGGGUUUGAAAGACUAGAUGUCCGAGUGCCUGCUGGUUUUCUGGAUGGCAUAACAAAUGUAGUUCCAGCCUUGGGAGGCAUAAACAUUAAGGAGUUGUUAGAUGAUGCAGCUCUAGAAGAGGGAGGCAAACAGUUACUCGACUUCAAUGAUACAAUGGGGGAUAGAAUCCAAGUAUUUCUGGAGUAAUUGAUUUCAGUAACUUACUCUUGCAUUAUGAUAGCAGCAUCUGUUCUAUAUAUCUCUUUCUUGGAGCACCAUUGAACUCAUGCGGGAGAUACAUGCGCCACUAAGAGAUAAACCCAAGUGCAACAAUGCCUUUAGUACUGUAGUAUCAUACAUGUCUCCGACGAUGUAACUUCCAAAUGUAAUAAUAAUUCGAAUGUGCAAAAAAGAAGAAAAAGUUUAUUUCCUUCA